AGCUUAGCCAAUAAUAUAAAUAUAAGAUCUUCGAGUAUGGCACUAUAUUAACACUGUUUAAUUUGUUUGUGUAGUGACUGAAAUAGUAAAAACCAGAUGAAAGCAACAACAUAUAAUUAAUUAGCCUCGUUUAUACCUUCUCCAAUUUCUCCUUUUCAACUUAAUUUCUCAUGGCUGGAGGACAAAGUCCAAGAAAUCUCAACAAACCAUGUAUUCUCCUCAUAGUUAUAGCGGGAAUGGAGAGGUUUUCAUUCAAAGGGGUGGCAUCAAAUUUAGUGACAUAUCUAACAGAUGUGGCCAAAAUGAGCAAUUCAGCUGCGGCAAAGAUGGUUAACAAUUGGUGUGGUAUUACGUCUAUGUUGCCAUUGCUGGUUGCUCCACUAGCUGAUUCUUAUUUGGACCGCUACACCACUGUAUUGGCUUCUUCUUCUCUAUAUUUUGCCGGUCUUUUAGCUUUGACAUCAUUGGCAUUACAAUGGCCAUGGACAUCUGUGGACAAAUCGGGCUUCUCUUCAUCGUUAUCAUGGUCUCUGCAUUUAAUUUCACUAGGCCAAGCGGGUUACAACCCGUCCUUACAAGCUUUUGCAGCGGACCAAUUGGAUGACGAAGAAGAAUUGCCCUGUACAAAGAAUGACCAGAGCUCCAAGAAAAAGAGUACAUUUUUCCACUGGUGGUAUUUUGGCAUAUGUUGUGGCAGCCUACUUGGAGUGUCCAUUAUGUCGUACAUACAGGACACGUUAGGAUGGGGGUUAGGUUUCGCCAUUCCCUCGAUUGCCAUGAUAGUGUCAAUUGUAGUCUUCAGAUUUGGCAACAGGUUUUAUAAACAUAACACGGAUGGUGAACUUAUCCAUAUCAAGUCUUUGGGAGGUCAUAUAGUUAAAGCUAUUAGAGCAGCUACCGCAAGAUUGACCUGUGGUGAGAUUGCUGUACCAGAUACCAACAAGUCGAAAGUUGUUGAGAUCGAACUUGAAAAUGCACCACUCUGCCAACAAGAUUCAGGCAGCACGGAUAAAAAGCCGGAGAAUGGGAUAGUAGAAAUUCUAAAAGUAGUACUACCUCUACUGCCAGUAUGGACUAUGCUUCUGAUGUUUGCAGUGAUUUUUCAACAACCUGCAACAUUUUUCACUAAACAAGGUAUGACAAUGACAAGAAACAUUGGAAGCAACUUCCGAAUUCCACCAGCUGCACUUCAGAGUUCAAUCACAAUAUCUAUAAUCCUGCUCAUGCCUCUUUACGACACAUGCUUUAUCCCCUUCAUUCGUGUUUUGACACGUAAUGAGAAAGGUAUCACUGUGAUGCAGAGAAUGGGAAUAGGGAUGUUCCUUUCAGUGAUAGCAAUGAUAAUUGCAGCUGUUACCGAAAGAAAAAGACUGGAUAUUGCCAGAAAUCUAGGUACUUUAACUUCAGAAUUUGAAGCUUUGCCAAUGAGCAUAUUUUGGUUGCUGCCUCAAUACAUAUUAUUGGGAAUUUCAGAUAUAUUCACAGUUGUCGGUAUGCAAGAGUUCUUUUACUCUGAAGUUCCCAUAAAUAUGAGAACUUUAGGCAUAGCUCUUUAUACUAGUGUAUUUGGUUGUGGUAGUUUCUUCAGCUCAUUCCUUAUAACAGUGAUUGAACAUUUGACAAGUUCAAUAGGAGAAAAGCAGAACUGGUUCGCCGAUGACAUGAGCAAAGCCCGUUUAGACAACUACUACUGGUUUCUGGCAUUGUCAAGUGCAACCAGUUUUUUUAUGUUUAUGGUUUUCUGUCGAUUUUAUAGAAGCAGGACAGUUAAUUAGAGUGUUUUUGUUAUUGUGGAAUGUUGUGUUUUGCACAUUCAUUUCUAAGUAGAAAGUGAAGGUUCUGCACAGCUUGUAUAUAAAGGAAGAUAUAU